AUUCUGUGUAAAGGGUAAUACCUGCGGAGUAAUUUAGUUUUUCAAGAAAAUAAAUAAACACAAAAUGGCCUCUGCAAGUUCUACAGCAGAGGCUCGAGAAAGAUACGAAUUAAAGCAGAGAGCAGUAAAGUAUUACGAUCAAAAUGGUGUACCAAAGAAAAUGGAAGAAGUAUUAAAUUCUAUGUUCUAUGACAAUCCAAACGAUGUUUACGGACAUUUGGCAAACUACUUUGCAGAAUUUGCGAAGACACCUCUCAUAUCACAGGUAUCAGCAAGACAUGGUUUUGAUAGCAAAGGACAGACAACAAUUCAAGCAGACAUGUACUGUACAUUAAGAAAUAAUAAAAAGCUGGCUGCAACAGUUCUGAAUUCAUCUACAAACAGUUCCUUACCCGAGAACACAAAGCCUGAGGAACGGGAGGAGGAGGACAAGUCUAGAGAGGCCAGUGUAGAGGCAGCUAUUGCUCUACUUAAUGGAGACAUCAACAACAGAUUGCAGGGAGUGGACCCAGCCCUGCAGUCAGAUGUAGAUAACAUACUAACGAAGCUCUAUGAAGAACUAAAAGCUGAAGAGGAGGAAAGGUUGGCCAAGGAAGCAGCUGAACUAGCGGCGUCAGGAGGGGACAGGGCAACUCCUGUCAAGGAGGAGGAUACUGCUAGCACAAGUGGCAAGAAAGGAGGAAAAUCAUCAGCGAAGAAGGGAAAGAGUGCACCAGUUGUAGUGAUUCCAGAUGAACCGAAAGAAAAACUUCUUCCUGGUGCUGGAUCGUUGUGUGUAGCAAGCCGAGCAGCCUGUACAGCUGCUGCAACGGUCAGAGAUGUUCCACUGUAUCAGCAUAUUGCUGCCCUCAGAUUUGGAGAGAUUCCCAAGGAUAUGCGAAUUCCUAUUCCAAUGGUAACUAUUAUUCAAAGUGGUCGGUCAGCUCCAGGAAAACUAAAUUGUGUCAAAGAAUUCAUGGUGGUCCCAAAACCUGGAAUGCCUAUUUCUGAGAGUCUUAGGUACUGCCAGAAAAUCUACAGCUAUGUGACCAAAAAUUUUGUAAACAAAAGUGGGAUGGCUGCCCAGUAUGGGAAUGACAUUGGGGCUCUGUGUCCCUCCUACGACAAACCUGAACAAGGAUUAGAUAUCCUACAGGAUGCCAUCACCAGCCUAGAACUAACACCAGGGGAGGAUUUCUUCAUAGCUCUCAAUCUCGCCGGCAAAGAAAUAUUUGACUAUGAUCCCUCUAUACCAGCCAAAUCCGAUUUUCCUGGGCAGGGUAUGCACAAGGAGAAGGGUAAAUAUGAGGUGAUGGGGGGACAACAAAAGGUUCCCGAGGACAUGGUAGAGUUCUGGGCAGAGCUACUUGGUCGCUACCCAUCAGUCAUUGCUAUCAUUGACCCCCUGAGGAAACAGGAAAAGGAACAUUGGAUGAGACUGUGCGAGAGGAUCAGUGAUCAGUGUUACGUGAUGGGUAACCACACCUACCCCCGCCCAGCCAAACUGCUGGAGGAGGAGCUCACAGAAGAAUUUAAAACCAGUGGCAUCAUCCUCAAGAUGGACCAAUUAAACACAGUGACAGAUGUCCUCGAUUGUGCAAAGAAAAUGGAAGAUGCAGAGAAUCAAAUUGUACUGACUACAUGCUACGGAGAGACAACUGACACUUUCUUAGCAGACAUGGCUGUUGGAAUGAAUGCAAGAUUUUUCAAAAUUGGGGCCCCAGUGAGGGGUGAAAGAAUCGCCCUGUUCAACAGACUUAUACAGAUAGAAAGCCAGCUAAAAUUGGAGGGAAAACUUGCAUAUCAUGGGGAAAAUGUAUUCCCUCACAUCGCACCCCCACCCAUACCCGAACCAGAGGAGGGGGAGGAGGCACAGGAGGAAGAGAAAAAGGACGAUAAAACCAAAAAGAAAUAGAUUAUAAACUAUAUGAUGUUGAAAUCUGGACUUCUAAUUUUGAAAACUUUCAUUUUUGAAUUCUGGAGGACUUCUUAUGGUGAUAUCUGGAUUUUCAUCAUUGAAAUCUGGACUUGUUAAGCACACUAAUGUUGUCAGAAUGCAAACCUAUAAAUGGACAAUUGUGAUAUUCCAAGUUAUUACAUGUAUACUGAAAAGAAACUUGUUUUUAAAAUUACACGUAUGUAAUUGCUUUACAUUUUGUGAUAUUUGUUGAUAAUGUGCAUCUCUUUCAGAGUAUGCAAGCAUUUUUUUUUAUUGGAUUGUAAUUAAAAAUGAUCAUUCCAUAUAAAAGGAUGUGCAUUCGAGUGGCAUUUUGGGCAUAAUUGUACAACAUGAUCAAAUUUAGCUCAAAAGAAAAUAUUUACUUGCUUUCAGACUACAAAUUCACAUAAAAAGUAAAGAUAUUAAGAGACCACAAAUUGAGUGUGACUACAUGCACCUACCCCAGUCUGAAAACUUGAAGUACAUGUACGUUGUACAUUCAUUUGCUGUUCUCUUAUUUUCUGUACAUGUUGUAAUGCAAUAUUUCAUAAUGUAAUGGAAAAAAGUUUA